AUGAAACUCCACACUGCAGCUGUCCUUCUCAUCUUCUGCCUUGCCAUCCUCACUGUGCACGUGGUGAAAGGGAGUGUUGCAAGUCAGUCCAUGCACAAAUCCCGUUGCAUAACUCUAUCUACACAGCAACUGAACAUCCGAAACCUUGUUGGCUAUGAAAAGCAAAGACAUCCAAUAGAGGCCAUCAUGUUUAUCACCAGAAAAGGUAUCAAGAUCUGCACAAGCCCUAAUGAUAAAUGGGUGCGGGAUGCUAUGAAGAAAUUAGACCAAAAACGUACAACCAGAGGCAAAUAA